AUGCCUUCAUUCAAGAUUUUGGUCCUUCCGGGAGACCACAUCGGCGCUGAGGUGAUCCGCGAGGCUGUCAAAGUGCUUCGUGCUGUGGAAGCCCAUCCAUCAGUGGCCAAGCAAAACAUCAAAUUUGACCUUGACUUUGAUUUGUUGGGUGGCCAGUCUAUCGAUGUCCACGGCAUCCCUCUGACUCCCCAGGUCAUUGAAAAAGCAAAGAACUCGGUCGCCGUGCUCUUUGGCGCGGUCGGCGGUCCCAAAUGGGGCAUGACGGGCGCCUUGCGGCCAGAGACUUCGGUGCUGGACUUGAGAAAGGCACUGAAUUGCUGGGCCAAUAUCCGACCGUGCAAAAUCCCUUCUCCCGGGGUUGCCAAAUGCUCGCCUUUGAAAGAGGAUCUUGUCAAGGGAACCGACUUCAUUGUGCUGCGAGAGAACCUCGGAGGCGUGUACUUUGGCGAAAAGAAGGAGGAGGUCGACUAUGCCCAUGAUGUCUGGGGCUACCACCGAUGGGAGAUUGAGCGGAUCUCACGAAUGGCCGCCUAUCUGUCCCGCAAACACGGAGGCUCCAAGGGGCCCAGCAAGAUCACUUCUGUCGACAAGGCCAACGUGCUGGCCGUUUGCCGGCUGUGGCGUGAGGCGGUGACAACGGUGCACGACCGGGAGUUCUCAGACAUUCCACUCCAUCAUCAAUUGUCCGACUCAUUGGCCCUGAUCAUGGUCAAGAACCCUCGGUCUCUGAACGGCAUUGUCAUGUGCGACAACAUCUUCGGGGAUUUGUUCUCGGACGAAGCAGCCGCUGUGGCCGGAUCACUGGGUUUCAGUCCAUCUGCUUGUCUGUCUGGCAUUCCAGGUGAACCACUCUCUACCGGCAUGUAUGAGCCUAGUCACGGCUCUGCACCAGACUUGCCGCCCAACAAAGCCAACCCCAUUGCCACCAUCCAAAGCGCCGCCAUGAUGUUGCGCUACAGUUGUGACUUGGACUUGUUGGCAAAUGCCAUUGACGAGGCCGUCAGUAUCGCACUGGACGACAAAGCCUCUGGCGGUCUCGAGGUCAGGACAGGCGACAUCGGAGGCAGUGCCUCGACAACGGAGAUGGGGGAUGCUGUGGUGACUGCCCUCAUGCAGAUUCUGGAUAAGGCGGAUACAAAUGCCAUCUCUGAGAGCGCUAGGCUGUAA